AUGGCCGGCAGACGUGGAAUUGAGUACGGCAUUGAAAGAACCCGUCGCUUAAAACACUUCAAGGAUGUGCCAUUAGAAUUGCCGUACAAAGUUGAAAAGGUCCUCGGGUACGAAACAGAUCGUGUGAGAUUCUCCCGUGGCGCAGGUAGCAGUUCAAUCUGGCCAUGCUGGCAAUGGGACAAUGGUGCCCCGUCGGGGGAUGUCAUGUCCAUGGACACGUCACUACCGAAGCUCCCAGCAGAACCAAAGUCUUACUUUGGCUCUGCUGGUUGGACAUUCCCCGAGAGUCUCAUGAGUAACGACGCAGUUCCCACCACCAUCUACAGCGACCUUCCUGACAAUUCCUGGUUCCGCUUGCUUCUUCUCCAACCAAGUCAGGACAUGUGGACACCAAUUCAAUGUCAAUUAAGACCCUUCAAGCGAAGUAGUGUUCGUCACAAGUACGAAACCCUCUCUUAUGCAUGGAAAGAAGGCGAUCCCAAGUAUGAGUGGGAGAUUCAACGUCAAGAAGAGAAGGAUAAAUGGAGGCCAACGCUCAUUACUUGCAAUGGGCAUCAAGUCCCCAUCAAAGAGAACCUCGGAUCUGCCUUGAUCCACCUACGACAUUCAUCACGGGCUCGAGCUGUCUGGGUUGACGCCCUCUGCAUCAACCAAAGCGACGAGGCCGAGGCGGUUGGGCAGAUCCAGGCAAUGAAAGAAAUCUAUAAUGAAGGCUAUCGCACCGUCGUAUGGCUUGGAAGGAUGCCCGAACGCCUAGAAACGAUUUCCUCCGACCCUCUGUCUCUUGGCUACCCUGAAGCGGCGAUCGCAUCGAUAUGUCACAUUGUCAAACACUGGGACCCGUCACAGCCGGUCGAGUAUUUUGUAACGGAUCCGGCGACGCGGUCCGUAGCGACCAAGAAACCAAAUCGUAAGUGCAGCUUCGCUCGCAAGCUGGACGAGUAUUUCACCAAACCCCGAAACCCUUAUGUGCGUGAUCUACAACCACUGGAGCACCUAUUCGAGGUGAGGUGGUUCAGCCGCAAAUGGGUGAUCCAAGAGAUCGCGCUCUCGCGCUCAGUCGACGUUCUGUUCCACAAUUGCCGGAUAUCGUGGCACUGGAUUGGCCUGGCGGCAGCGGUCAUGAGGACGCGAUGGGACAGUGCACUGAGAGACUACCGCCUGUACAACGUGUACAACGCAUAUCUCAUGUUUCGGCUGUCUCAAAGCCAUAAAUUGGACCCUUCGAAGAUGUCCUUCGUGGAGCUUUUGAGGUUGACUGCUGGCUUCAAGACCAGCCAGCCCAAGGAUGUCUUUUUCGCUCUCCUCGGCCUAGAGACUCGCGAUCACCAUCCGGAUCACCAACCUCUUCUCAAAGCUGAUCAUCGCAUGUCCUACGAAGAUAUCUGCAUCCAUUUUGCUCGGUCGUUUCUUGAAGCGGCACGAUCGACCCCGAGUCCACUGGCCAUACUAUUGGAUGCUGGUAUACAUGCUCCGGUCAAACCCAGAGUGCCGGGUGACUUCAGUGAGAUAGACCCAGACGAGCAGACCACGAAGGCUGGGAAGAGCCUGCCAAGCUGGGUUCCCAGCUGGAAACCAGGCCGACCAAGCCUGCUCUCCCCUUGGUCUCUUGACCAUCACUUCGAAGCCUCCCGCGGCUUGGAUUGUUACUUUGCCGUCAGCUCAUCCAAUCGCCUUACGGUUCAAGGCAUCUCAAUCUCCACUGUCCUAUGGUCUGGCCUUGUUACAAUGGUGUCGGAAAACGACAUUGCUUCUGGCAUCGACUGGCUGAGCAGAUUCAGCUUCACGCAACCUAUCCAACAUGCACACCUAGAGGUCUACUCACGCACGCUGUGUGCCGGACGCGACUCUUAUGGCCGCCGCGAGCACGACAGUGCCGCCAUGGUACUCCCUUUUGUUGCCUUCGCCAGCUACGGCGUGAUUCCUGACACGAGUUCUUACCCCUGGAUCAACGCCUGCCGUCAGUGCCUGCCGAUGGUGCAGCAAGAUCCCUGGAAUCGCGGGGAAGCCUCAUCUACGGGACGUUGGAGGCAUGGUACUGGUGAAUGGGAUCCAGAAUGGAUAGCUGGCCGGGAGCUGUUCGGCCAGGUGGCAGGGGUAGCGGCACGGGGCCGCCGACUGUUCCUCACGGCCGCCGGGCACAUUGGACUCGGACCCGGCGAGACCCGUGUCGGCGACUCGGUCUGUAUCGUGGGAGGAUCAUCGAUGCCACUGAUUCUGCGACCACGAAAUGGCGAGGACAGCACCUUUGUGGGGCCCUGCUACGUCGAUGACAUUAUGGAUGGGGAGGCAGUGAGUGCUGCAGAAUCCGGAGAGCUGCACUUCGGGCCGCUGUGGUCAGAUUCGUUCAGGCAGACCGCAGAGCAAGUCGAGGCAUAUUCCGCUAUCAGCAAACUUCAAAUCCAGCAGAUGGUCAUUUGUUGA